UCCAACCCGCAGAUCACAAACAGUAGCUGUAGUGGACGCAGGCAGAGAGCUGCGGGUUGGGAGAAGGACGUAUGUUGAUUUGCAAAGCUGCCUGUAAAAUUAAAGGAAACGCUGCAAGGGACAACAUUCAGAUAUUGUGGGGCUCCAUUUAGGGUAGAUUCCCUCGUCUUUUCCCCACACUGUGAACUACAGCAGAUUAUUUUCCCUAAAGAUGGGCAAUAGGGGAAUGGAGGACUUGAUUCCUAUGGUGAACAGGCUGCAGGACGCCUUCUCUGCGAUCGGACAAAAUGCCAACCUGGACCUUCCUCAGAUCGCGGUGGUCGGCGGCCAGAGCGCGGGGAAAAGCUCGGUAUUAGAGAACUUCGUUGGGAAGGACUUUCUGCCUCGUGGCUCUGGUAUUGUCACUCGGCGCCCCCUAGUGCUGCAGCUCAUCCACUGCCCUACUGAGUAUGCAGAAUUUUUGCAUUGCAAGGGGAAGAAGUUUACAGAUUUUGAUGAAGUUCGUCAGGAGAUUGAGGCAGAAACAGAUCGCCUCACAGGCCAAAACAAAGGCAUUUCACCGGUGCCUAUCAACCUGCGUGUCUGUUCGCCACAUGUCCUGAAUCUCACCCUUGUGGACUUGCCUGGCAUGACCAAAGUGCCCGUAGGUGACCAGCCAGCUGAUAUAGAGUUACAGAUCAAGGAAAUGCUAAUGCAGUUUGUGACUAAGGAUAACUGCCUGCUGCUGGCUGUGUCUCCUGCCAAUUCUGACCUGGCCAACUCAGAUGCCCUCAAGAUUGCCAAAGAGGUGGACCCUCAGGGUCUGCGAACUAUUGGUGUGAUCACUAAGCUGGAUCUAAUGGAUGAAGGAACUGAUGCACGUGAUAUCCUAGAAAACAAGCUUCUUCCUUUACGUAGAGGCUACAUUGGGGUUGUGAACCGCAGUCAGAAGGACAUUGAUGGCAAGAAGGACAUCACUGCUGCAAUGACAGCAGAGAGGAAGUUCUUUCUCACCCACCCAGGCUAUCGACACUUGGCUGAUCGCAUGGGGACUCCCUACCUGCAGAAAGUGCUUAAUCAGCAAUUAACUAACCACAUUCGAGACACCUUACCCGCACUGAGGAAUAAACUGCAGAGCCAGCUGCUGUCCAUUGAGAAGGAGGUGGAGGAGUACAAGCACUUCCGUCCAGAUGAUCCCACCCGCAAAACCAAGGCACUACUACAGAUGGUGCAGCAGUUUGCGGUAGACUUCGAGAAGUGCAUCGAAGGUUCAGGAGAUCAGGUCGACACGGUGGAGCUGUCCGGAGGUGCGAGGAUCAAUCGCAUCUUCCACGAGCGCUUCCCCUUCGAGCUGGUUAAGAUGGAGUUUGAUGAGAAAGAGCUGCGUAAGGAGAUCAGUUAUGCCAUCAAGAACAUUCACGGUAUCAGGACCGGCCUGUUCACUCCAGACAUGGCCUUUGAGACUAUCGUGAAACGGCUGAUCGCCAAGAUUAAAGAGCCAUGUCAGAAAUGUGUGGACCUUGUCAUCACUGAGCUGGUCAAUACGGUUAGGCAGUGCACAAAGAAGCUGGCUCAGUAUCCCAUGCUUAGAGAGGAAAUGGAGAGAAUUGUCACCCAGCAUAUCCGUGAUCGUGAGAGUCGCACUAAGAAUCAGGUCAUGUUGCUAAUUGACAUUGAGUUGGCCUACAUGAACACUAAUCAUGAGGAUUUCAUUGGUUUUGCGAAUGCCCAGCAGAGAAGCAGUCAGAUGAAUAAGAAGAAGGCUACUGGUAAUCAGGAUGAGAUAAUGGUGAUCAGGAAGGGCUGGCUGACCAUCUAUAACAUUGGAAUUAUGAAAGGAGGAGCAAAGGAUUAUUGGUUUGUCCUGACCGCUGAGAAUCUGUCCUGGUACAAAGAUGAUGAGGAGAAAGAGAAGAAGUACAUGCUGCCCUUGGACAACCUGAAGCUCAGAGACAUUGAAAAGAGCUUUAUGUCCAGCAAGCACGUGUUUGCCCUCUUUAACACUGAACAAAGAAAUGUGUAUAAAGACUACAGGCAGCUGGAGUUGGCUAGCGACACUCAGGAGGAGGUGGACAGCUGGAAAGCGUCUUUCCUACGUGCAGGUGUCUACCCAGAGCGCAUCAUUGAUAAAGAGAAGAGUGAUACCAGUGAGGAGAACGGCUCGGAAGGCUUUAUGCACUCCAUGGAUCCUCAGCUUGAGAGGCAGGUGGAGACCAUCAGGAACCUGGUGGAUUCCUACAUGGCCAUCGUCAACAAGACUGUGCGAGACCUCAUGCCCAAGACUAUCAUGCAUCUCAUGAUCAACAAUACUAAGGAGUUCAUCCAUGCUGAGUUGCUGGCUAACUUGUACUCAUGCGGAGAUCAGAACACUCUGAUGGAGGAAUCACCAGAACAGGCUCAACACAGGGAGGAGAUGCUGCGCAUGUACCACGCUCUGAGAGAAGCUCUCAACAUCAUCGGUGACAUUAGCACCACCACUGUGUCCACUACCAUGCCCCCACCAGUGGAUGACUCCUGGCUGCAGGUACAAGGAGGACCUUCAGGGCGCAGGUCUCCAAUGUCUAGUCCCACUCCCCAACGUCGGGCCCCACCUGGGGCCCCUCGUCCUGGUGGUCGCACUGCCCCAGGCCCCCCUACUGCUGGAGCACCUCCUGUACCAUCCAGACCUGGUGCGUCUCCUGAUCCCUUCGGUGGGCCUCCACCCCAGGUCCCUUCUCGCCCCAACCGUGCCCCACCAGGUGUACCUAGAAUUUCUAUCAGUGACCAAUGAGGAGUUACACAAAUGCCGUCCAAGCAAAGGAAGCCCUUCUCACAGUGAGAGUUCACAUCCUUCGUUUGACACUUAGAACCAUUCCUCCAAUUUGUAUUGAAAGAUACAAAUGAAGAAUAUGAGAGUGCUGUUGGGUUAGUCACUCCCUCUGUCUGUACUACUGUAUACACUAAUCACUUUGUUAUCGGCCUCUGAGUGACAUGCCCAUUGUGGAAUUAUGUGUCAAUAUCUGAAGUCACUGCAAUGUUAAUUAGACUGAAGAUACUGUGUAAUGUUUGUGUUUACACACUAGACAGUGUCAGCAUAUUCUUUAUAGAGGUCACUCGAACUAAAUGUGUAUCUACCGUACUUAGGCUUACAGUAUAUUUCUGUCUAUCCAGCACUAUGGGAUAGUGGACAAACACAAAGUAAACCACUGAUUUGUGAGACUUGUUAUGUGCUACUGUAUGUGAAUGUAUUCUCCUCUGAAAAUUAGAAAAAUACUUUGAUCCCACAAUAUUUGUUCCAUCCACAGUGUAUUUUCACUAUAGCCUUUGUAUUUCCCAAUAAUACUAAUAAUAUUUGACUGAACUGUAUAUACAUUAGGAUUAUGAAGUGUUUGGUAAGGAGAAAAGUGUCAAUUUUGUUUACUGGGGAUACCUAAUGUAUUGCAAUUAAUUUAUUUGUUGAUGCAACAGUGGAAAAUGUCUGAAUAGGGUGUUUUAAUGACCAAAGGGAUUUUUAGUAUAAAAUAAAAGGUCAAAUGUAAUUGAAAAAUACAUUCAAACAUCCGUUACCCCAACACAUGUUUAAGAGUAAAUAUAGCCUCUGUUGUGACAGAUAUGGUAUAUGAAUAUGGUAAAAAUAAUCUUAAUGUGUUGAUGCAUAUUUUAGAGUUGGGGUACUCGAGUUCAGACUCUAGUCCGAGUCACGAGUCCAAUUUUUUUUCCCCAAGACAUGUCCUCUUUUUUUCAGACCUGAAAAAAGCGUCUGGCCGGGAUUUCAAAAUUGCCUCUAAUGUCCGGGAUUUGUCUUUGUCUUCAUAUUGAUGUGCUCUCUACAGUUAGUACUAUCAUACAUUCUGUGUAUUUGAUACUGUGCAUCAGUUUUUACGAAUAUAUGUCCUUAUGUGUGUUUUUCUGGCUGAAAGCAGCAGCGUGCACUCUUUCAAGUACUUUUUUUUUAACUCUCUCACCUGCAUGCCCUUGCUGUAUGUGUGUGCGGGAAAGAGAUUGCCAUUUGCCACACGUGCUCUGCCGCUCUCAUCCAGAAAUAUCACUAACGGAAAAGUAGGUUCCCCAACUGGCACUUGCAUUUCAAUGUCAAAAAAGUCACAACACAAGUGAGGGGAGAAAUCUCUAUUCACCUAAAUAUACCAUUUAUAUAAUAUAUUUAUAUAAUAUAAAUAUGACCAUUUAUUAAAUGUAUUAAACACAUUAAAUGUAUUUAUCUCAUAAUUUUAAAUAAAACUAAAUUGAAUGGACAAAUUGAAAAUGUAGUAAUAAAAUUCGAAAUAAUAAUAACUCUGGUUGUAAUGACUAAUGCAGCUUUCACUUUCUUUGUUGUAUGUUUGAGUGGAGGGGAAAAGAAACAAAUAGUUGAAGCAAGAUACUAAUCAUUUGUUUUUUGCAUUUAUAUUGAUAAAUCAAUUUUCUUAGUUGUGAAGGUUAAAAUAAGAUUAAAAUAUUGAUGCUGAGUUUACAGUAACAAUUUUAAUUCGAUUCUUGAACAGAUUCAUUCGACUCGGACUCUGCCUGUUAUGGACUCGGCCUUGAGUUCGACUCAGCCCCUUUUGGACUCGGACUUGACUUGGACUCGAACCCAACACUAGUAUAUUUGUUCUGCAUCUCUGGGAUUUGCUCUUCUGUUGCCUUGUGUCGACAUGUACAUUUACUAAGUUAUUGUAUUGAAAAUGAAUUGAUUGUAAAAUAUUAGUAUAUGGUUUGUAUGUGUGUAUAUAUAUAUAUAUACAUAUAUAGAGGGGUCUACAGGAUCACUAAAAUCUCCACUCUAAAUGGAAAGGGUGUGUGUGUGAAUCUUAAUGCUGAUAUCUGUAUCUUAUUGUGGUGUGGUGUCAAAAACUGGCCAGUGCUUCUUGAUGAAAUAAAAGUGUCUUUGUG